AUGACUCAAAGGAAUGAAUUAGUGGCGAAAUUUGGAACUGGGGCAGAUGAGCCUAAAGUUUUGGCCGCUUUAGAGGAUUUGAACAAAAUUUACCUAUUAGAUGCGGAAGACCUAUACAUUAAGUGGGAACAGUUCGCUUAUCAGAGGUCUGGAAAGACUACAGAAUUGGAUUUGGAUACUAUAGCCAUAUUCAAGCAGAAUAUUCAGCAGCAGAUCGAGAAAAAGGCAAGGGCCAUGGGGACUACGGGAGCUCUCGGACCCACGUCUGGUGGCCCUCCAUCAGCUACAAAAGGUCAUAAAGUGCUGAAACCAAGUGGAUCCAGUCCUUCUUUAUUUGGGUUUGGAAUUCCCAAAACACCAAGUUUAAAAAAAAGACGUAUUGAUGUCACACCCACGAAAGAAAACGUUGCUGGACACGUUCCUCCAUCGACGGAUGAGAAGAGUGGCAAAUUUUUCACACCAUCUCAGGCGCUUGGGGUUCAUGGGGGCAUUGGAUCUGCUGUCCCUUCGCCGAUCUUGAAGGAUGUUGAACCAGGAAAAACCCUCGAUACAUUGAACUUAGCAGAAAUCACAGUUGCUGAGGGGGUUGAUCUGGAAAGUGAGAACAGUUUGAAACCGGUUCGAUUCUUUGAUGCCGAGAAAUUUAAAUUCAGGACAAUGCGACAGAACUUACUGGAUGCUGCGGAUGUUCUUGAUGAUCAGCUUGAAACUUUUAGCCGCAUAGUUCAAGAGCAUUAUAAGCUAUCUGCGGGUGACCUAGGCGAUCCAACGAUCCAAUCUCAAUCAGAAAUAACAACUGUGGGACGAAUAGUUGUGGAUUCACCAUUAACUGAGGGCAUUCUGAAUGCGGAAUCACUAGCACUGGAAACGUCCAGGCUAGCAGGGAUAGGACGGCGUAUUCCACUCGACCUCAAAAAGGUGGAUGAAAUGUCAUUAUUUCCGGGCCAGAUUGUGGCUCUUCGGGGUAAAAAUGCAAGUGGUGAAUUCUUCGUCGUCGAAGAGCUUCUCAGUAUUCCACAUCUGAACUUCCCUGUUUCGACAGGUGAUGAUUUGCAAUUAUCUCACCAAUCGAUGACGGGUGAAAGCACAAAAAUUGCCGUGCUAAACGGUCCAUAUUCGGCUUCAAACUGCCUCGACUUCAGUAAUUUGGCUGCAUUCGUUGAAAGAAUCAACAUCAGCAUAAAACCCCAUCUGGUAAUCAUGUUUGGUCCUUUUUUGGAUAUCUCUCAUCCCUUAGUAUCAAGUGGGGACAUUCCCGAUUUUCCAGAUCUCAAAUUGCAGCCAAAGACACUUGACGAGGUUUUCACCAAAGUAAUAACUCCCAUUUUGAAGCAGAUUGACCCGAAGAUUCAAGUGAUAUUAAUCCCUUCAACGCUUGACUCGGCUUCUAACCACGCUGCUUACCCUCAGGAUUCUUUUGACCGCAAAGAUCUACAAUUGCCUAAAAACUUUCGAUGCUACACUAACCCAUCCACUUUCCAACUGAACGAAAUGUUCAUAGCAUGCUCAAACGUUGACGCUUUUAAGGAUACUAAAGAAAUUGUUAAAGGUGGCGCUACAAGUUCUAGAAAUAGGUUCGACAGAAUAGCCGAACACGUUCUUACUCAGCGCAGAUUUUAUCCUUUAUUUCCUGGCGGAAUAAGAAGACGUAAGGUACGAAACGAAAGUGGCACAGAUAUAUGGGAACACGUAAGUGGUGCCGACCUAGAUAUUCCCUUCUUGGGACUUACCGAAUUCGUGGGCAAUCUCACUCCGGAGUUGAUUAUCAUCCCAAGUGAGCUUACACAUUUUGCCCGAGUUGUGCAAAAUGUAGUUUUUGUCAAUCCAGGGACCUUCAUAAAACCGUCUGGUGUACGAGGCUCAUUUGCUCAACUAUCUAUUGCUCCACCAGAUCUAACUGGUGGCAAGCUUGUCAAGGUGGAAGGAGAAGAAGACCUUUACCUGCAUAACGUUUGGAAAAGAUGUAGAGUUGAUAUAAUUACAACGUAA